AUGGCAGAUCCUUUCGAGGUUCGGAUGCGCUUCACGCACCAGUUGCAGCAUCUCAAUGCGUCCGUCACUUCUGCUCAGAAGGCCGCUCAGUAUGCGCUCAAGUAUAAAGACAUGGACGAAGAUUUGCACUCUUGCAUCAUCGAACAGCUGGAACGUGGAAAUAACAUGAACACCCGGGCCAACAUCAUGUACUUCAUCGAGCAUUUUCUUGAAAUGGCAAAGAAGGACAACCACAUCGACUAUGUUCGCAUGAUGCAACGUGACAUCAUCCGGGUCGUCGACGCAGUCGCACCGGACGAUGGAUCCGGUGCCGCCAACGUCAAGGUUGUCAGAAGAGUUCUCCAGGGCCUUCAGCAGAAGCAGUUUCUGCAGGCCCAGACAGUCACCGAGAUUGAAGAAGUCCUGAAAGAGCGUGAGACGAGCGCUCGUGAUGCUGGCCUGUCGUCGCCUGUCAACGGAGACGUCGACAUGGGCGAUGCGCCCCCCAGCCAGACGAUUUCAAGUAACAGCAGAGCUCCGCGGGUGGAUAAGCGCCAGAUUGAGCAGCGUAUUGAAGAGGACCGUGAGCGCCACAAGAGAUUGCGCGAGAGCAUCUGGGCCAUUCCAUCGCAACCCAACGCUGAGACUGAUAAGAUCUGGGAGGAGACAAGUGACCUUGGUGAUGACGACCAUAUCCUCGGAGAAGAAGAGCUUGGUGAAUGGCGCCAGGCCAUGGAACACCAGUGUGCGCCUCGUCCGCCAGCUGGUCCUGCCAGCACUCGGAUUACGAAUGGAAAGAAACAGUAG